CUCUCCGGAAACGGUUGAGUUUAUUUGAGGACGCGCCGGAAGUCGACAUUUAAAGGUAAACGGGUCUUUUUGCUUGAAACCUGCGUUACAUUUAACCGUAUUCAUUCUAUGUAUCACCACUUCAUAACUACGUAAUGUGUUUGAAUAUGUUUUUGUAAUGUACUAAUAGACAUAUCUGAGACUACAGAGUCUUUUAUUGUGUUGCACCUUCAUGUGUUUACAGACAGAAGCAGCCUGUGACCAAUAGGAUCGCGGUGUAUAUGUGGCCUGGAGAAUUCGAACGAUAGCCAAUCAGAACUCACGAGCUGAGUUACGCAGCCAAUCACAGUAGGCGUUGAAGCAAGGCGGGACGUUCUGAAUGAGAACUCGGAAGUUUUUCUUGUUUGUUUCUUCAGUUUGUUUUUUCCAGCUUCAUUUCGGUUGAUUAUUGAGGAUUAAAGCCAAACUAAUGCGGAUUAAUGUUACUUUGGACGCCCUGUAACUUUUCUCGGCUACGUUUUUGGAGUUUCUAAGACCAACUGCGGCCGUGUGGGCUGCUUGAGGAGACAUGGAGGAGUUGUACACCUUGGACAGGGAGGUGGGUAGGGGCAGCUAUGGUGUUGUGUUUGAGGGCCACAUGGCCAAAACGGGACACAGGGUGGCUAUUAAACGGCUGCCCUGCAGCAACCCAGAAUGCAUUGAGCUCUACCUGCAGGAGCUGUGGGCCAUGAGAGCCACCGCCAAGAACCACGUCAACGUUAUCGCUCUGCACAGCUGCCUCCUUCAGACCGGAUCCAGGAGCCUGAAGCCCCUCAAACCUGGAAAACUCCCCCUGCGGCUUGUGGAGACCGUGCUCAAGGGGAGCGUGGUGAACUCGCAGAAAGGUCGAAGAAGCAAGAGCUCGUCGAACACCCCGAGGAGGACGAACUCUGCUUUCAGACUUCAGGACAAGACCAACACGGCGCUAGGUAGAACCAAAUCUGAGGAGGGGAGGAAAUCGACUGGUUCUGAUUCCUUGACCCCGCAGCGACCUCCAAGCCGAGCCAUGAAGAGGUCAGCCCAGAGGGAGUUGGAGGAGGAGGAAGUGGAGCAGGCUGGAUCUCUGCGCUGCCUGGCCCUGUGGCUGGUCAUGGAGUACUGUGAUGGAGGAGACCUGACCCAGUACCUGCUCUCUAGAGCCCCGGACACCGACCGCAACCACAGCGUGGUGCUGCAGCUCUGCAGCGCCGUGGCCUUCCUGCACGCCUUGGGCAUCACCCACCGAGACCUGAAGCCGGACAAUGUCCUGGUCUGCGUGACGCCCAAAGGCCCCGUUAUCAAGGUGGCGGAUUUCGGCCUGAGCAAGAUGAGCGGCGCCGUGGCGAACGGCGAGCGGCACCGGCAGCACUUCUCAUCCACGUGCGGCUCCGACUUCUACAUGGCCCCCGAGGUGUGGGGCGGGCUGAGCUACACGGCGCAGGCGGACAUCUUCUCCCUGGGUGUGAUGUUCUGGGCCGUCCUGGAGAGGAUCACCUUCGUGGAGGAGGGGACGACGCAGGAGCAGCUGGGUGCCUACGUGUGCAAGGGCCGGUGGCUCAUGCCCCUGGGGGAGGCUCUGUGGGAGAACCCCGACCUCCAGCUGUGCAUCCCUAUGAAGUUUAAGAGGGCGCCGCCGCUGCCACCCCCGCCCGGCCCAGCCGUGUGUGCCCUGCUUUUGGACAUGCUGGCCUUGAACCCGGACGCUCGGCCCUCGGCGGACCAGCUGGAGGCCAGGGUGCGCUCUGCUCUGAGAGACGACUCCCACUGACGGACCCUAGAGACUGGAACGGCUCGGCGAAACCAAAUGUGGCGCGUUCUGACUGCAGCUGUUCCUGUACUAGAACCAGAACUUUUGAGGACUAUGCUAAGGGAAUGUGAUACUAAAACACUCUGUGGUGCGUUGGUCCUCUGCUUCAUUUAAGGUCUUAGUGAGUUUUGAUGUUGGGUGGCUAUAAAACAAAUGUUUCACCUGCUAUAAAAAAAAAAAAAAAAAAGUAGCUGACAUUAAAAAAAAAAGUUUUUGCUGUCAUAUUUCCAUUGCACUUCAAUGUAGCAUUCCUUGUUAAAUAUGCUAAUGAAAUUUGUAUUUUUAACUUGUAAAAGGGUAUAUAUGUAAAUAAGUUGGGCAUGUUUUGCUGAUUAUUUUCUUUAGUUUUAAAAGUUAAGAAAAGUUAGAGACUAGAGAAGCACCGUUGUCAGUCCGCAACAGAUGUAAACCAGACAACUUUUUAAAUAAGAAAAAAAACUUUCUUCCCUCACUGCUUCUGUUGAACCAGAAGUGCAACACUACUAUGAAUAAAUUUGUAAUUAAAUAAAUGCAUAUUUGUGCUACAAUUUAGAAUAAAACAAUUCAGACCCACUUCGAAGCAGAUUAUGAAUUGUUUAACCUCUAACGUAUUCCUGGGUGGUGAGGUCUGAUUUACCUAAACUUACUGUUAGUACGAGUCCAGCUCUAAAAACCAAAGUGAGCCGUUAUUAAUCAGACUUCAUCUCUACAGCAGUUUGAUUUAGCGGUGCAUGUUGCUGGGUGACUCUGUUUCAGAGCGAUAUCGCCCGUCAGCACAGCAGCUGAACUGCAGACCAAUCGGUUGGUCGCUUAAUUUCAAAUAAACGUUCAAAAUAAAUGUUACAUAUUUAAGAUAAUUCAUCUGAUUAACCUAUUCACCAUGUAAUUUAAAUAGUCACAUAUAAUAUACUUAAAAAUGUACUAGAUUGUGGCACUUCUGGUCUUCCGUAGGCAGGUGAAAUACUUACAUUUUUGUAACUUUCCCCCCCCCCAUAUUUAAAAAAGAAAAACAUGCAUCACAUUCUGAACUACCACCAUUUCUGCUGUCUUAAGAGAUUUGAAGUAAUUUUAAUUUAAAAAAAAAUACAAUUUGAAGUUCUUGAUAAUUUUUGUUUUGUUGUACAAACGUUAAAUUGUCAUACGCCAAGGCCUGAGUGGUGCGUCCCUAUUUAAUAAAAAAUAAUCAUUUUAAGGUGUUCACAGAGUAAAUGGCCAGAUACAUAUUUAAGCGUUUUGCUAUUUAAAAUAUUGCUUGAAUAGUUUUAACGUGUUUGUGUGACGGGGAGGAUUUUUAAAAGUGGUCUCCUUCUUGUACAGUGUGAGUAUUUUUGUGUAUGUGAUUAAAAAGUCAAAGAGCAAGUAGCAUGAGGCUCAGUGAUGUCACUGAUAAACUGUCCUGCUGCAAACAGGAAAUUAAAACCCGGGUCCAGGAUCGGUCCUGAUCCGAUCGGCCCGACACCCACAGCAUUUAUUACGGGUCAUCAGUCUCAGUCCUUCAAUGUAAACCUUUAUUUUCUUUCUUCAAAGCCUGAAACGACUUGUGUUUUUAAAUGAAAUGUAAUUUAAAUAAAGAUUAAUAUUAUUAUCUUUGCUAGUAUUAUUUACAGUGCACACCCCCAUUUUUUAUAUUUUUUAAAAAUUUUUAUAGCUCAACAUUCCAGCAUUACAAACUCCUCAAACUGAAAGAUUUUCUCAAAUCUUCACUGAGCUGCGUGGAGGGAUUCCAUUAGCGGGGAACGCAGAGCUAAAAAGAACGUCUGUAGGACGCGCCAACUUAAUUUGACUAAUCUGUGCUUGCCAAAGGCUCUUAUGCCCCAUUACUCAAAAUUGAAAUUGCAUUAGGAAGGCAUCAAUUUACAGCUGGCCAGUCUGGACAGCGAGAGAGAUUACAGCCAGAAACUCGUCCGGCGCACCAUCAGUGUAGAAACUUCCCCCCGGUGAAGAAACUCAGCAAAGUUUAAUCUUUUUUUUUUUUCUUUAAGCGGGUUUCUGUUGAGACAUUACGACCGGUCAGUAUCUUACACGUGUUGUUUCAGCAACAUAAUAGUCAUCCAUAUUUAUUUAAUCUUUUAAACGCAUAAUUUAAAGUCAAAUUUGUGAAAAUCUUCAAUGAUUGAUGUUGGUCACUGAAUCAUUCCAUGUUUUUACUGCUGCGGUACACUUAAAUAAUUUAAACCUUCACAAAACACUUUAGCUCAUAACGUAGAUGCUAAGACCUGAUUGGCUGACAUCCAGAGCAAGUCUAUUUCUACCCAAUAUUGUUGAAGAGCAAAGUGAAGCCUCACCCUCUGACUUUAACAGGUAAAGUUAUUCCUGAUGCACAGCAGCAAGGGAGCAUUAACAUCUCAUUAAAACAGUAAAAUAAUUGUUUAGUAAAUUAUUCAUGUCCACGGUAAUUUUACGUAGUUACUGACUCAUGAAUUGUGGCAGUUUUUUGUGACGGGGACAAAUGGGACCAGGAGGAAUCAGCUCUGACUUUAACGCAGAGUGGAAAAUGAUAAAUGGUUUUCAUUUCUGUUUUUUUUUUUUUAAUGCCGAAACGUGUACGCUGCGUUUGUACUUUUCUCCAUCCACAUUUUGAACGGCCAUCUUUAACAGCAGUCAGAGCCGCAGGCCUGUUGGCGUCGGUCUCAACUGCAGUCCAUCCCACUCUGCAAAACAAGUUCAGUCAGGUUGGAUGGAUCCAUUUUUGUAUCUUUCCCACAGAUUCUCUGUUGGAUUAAAGCUGGAGUAUGUAAUAUUAAUAAGUUGUUUUUACAAACUUGUUAAAACGGAAACGAUCAGUCGGGACAAGUUAUUGUACUCGCUGCUCAAUAUGCUAAUGACGGAGAAACGACUCGUCCUCACAGGAAAACUGUUUAUGUGCAAUAAUCUGAGGCCAUGCUAACUAGCCUUAGCAUCGACGACAUGUUCCGCUGUGGAGCACUCGCUAUAGCAUUAGCACAGAGCAAGGGUGAAGAUGUGAGCAGCACAUACACAAGCAUGAUUAGCAGCACAAAGACCCUCCUCCUAGCUCUGAUUGGUUGUUUCUGGCCGGGGGCGGUGUGUUUCUGCAGAUGGCACUAGAACCACAUGUAGGCGGCAGAGGAACGUUUUUUUUUUAAAUAGAUCAUUAGUCUCAUGCCGUCUUGACACAGUGAUGGGUUAGCAAAUAUAUCAAAAACAUGGAUUGCAAAAGUUACAUACUGCAGCUUUAAGAUGUGAAGUUGGCUGGACGAGCAACACACAAACUCUAACCCAAACCCUCCUGCUACACCUCUGGCUGCUGUCGGAUUAUUUGCAGCCUCUAAAAUAGAUCGAUUCAUCCUCCCUUUCAAUGCUGAACAACAGCAUCCCCGCAGCAUUAUGGUGCCACUACUGUACGUUUCACUUUGGGGUGUUGGUUUCCACCAAACAGUGUUUUCUAUAUAGUUCAAAAGGUUACAUUCUGACCAGAGCACACUGUUUCACAUAACUGCUGUAUCCCCUUUAUUGUUUGUGGGGGGAAAAAGCAGCUAUUUUUUCCUCCAACUAUUUAUGUCUUUUUGCCACCUUUUCUGUGACGUCCCAUUGGCUCAGAGCGCAACUGCCACAGAUUGUCCUGAGCUUUAUUCAGUACAGGUGGACAUCAAAGGUGGAGGAAGUUUAGAAAUCCUAAUCUAAUUUUAACGCCACGCGACUGUUGACGCAGGGAGAUAUUUUUCUGAUUGCAUAACUUUGUCCACUGGAGAUUUCUGACAGCCGCACUAAACAACUGAGCAGAAUUUCACACCGGCAGAAUGUGAGCUCCUAACUACCCAACCAGGCUGGAGGAACAAUUACAUACAUAGAAUCUAUCUGCAGUGAGCUGCUAAUAUUAAAGGGGAAUCUAUUUAGUGCAAACAGAGCCGGAUGCUUUUCCUCCUGGUACCUCUGCAAUCUCUGCAGAUAAAUCCUGAAACCUUCAGCUCAGCGGAGUUUUAGGAGCCACACCGCACACACACAUUUGUGCUCCUGUUGCAAUGACGAUUAAAGCAAACUCUGGCCAAAUCAGCUCCGCACAGAGCCGGAGCGGGGAGUCCUUUCAGAUUUCACAGCUGGUAGCGGAAGGGAGAGGAGAGCAGAGGAGAGGAAGCCCGAAUGCGGCCUGUUCCUCACCGCGUCGGGACUGCAACACCGACAGCGGCAGUAAGAGCGCGGUCCCAGUGUGAUAGAUGAACUGGUGGCUAAAUUAACUGGUGGCGGCAUCUGGGAGAGACAGAUGUUUCUGUGGGCGUGGCUUUAUUAUUUAGGACCCCUUUACCGAACCAGGAAGUAAACAUUGCGAUAAGUUUAAAGAACUUUUCUUCUUUAUUGUUGAUAUUUUUUCUCGUCAUUUAACUAAACAUCUUCAUUCUUUUCAUCAAGUGACCCUAAUACUCAACCAUAAGAGACAACGCUGAAAAAAACCCCAAUUGUCUUGUAUACUUUUAUAUCAGAAACGGGUUAAAAUCUUCACUCAAACCAGUGAAUCCAGGUUUGCUUCUUAAAGCGCGAAGUGUCCGUUAGAUCAGAAUCAAUAACAGGUUGGAUUAUUGCACUUCCGUCGGCCGAUAUAGUUUAGUGGAUAAAACGGCGCUCUCGGAACUCAAGUUCAGUUAGAGAUGUCGUCUAAUUAACAUUUUGGACCCGUUUAUUUUAUUGUCUAAAGAAAUCUUUUUCACUUGCUGCCAACGUUUUGGUUUUAAUAUCGUUUAACAGGUUUGCCAGGCAAACCUUUAACUGUAAGGAUAUUGUGAAAUGACUAAAUUGCACAGCUUUGCGUCUGGAGCCCAGUUAAGGUGCAAACGAAAUAAUGUGGCUUCCAUCAAAUGAGCAAGAAAUUAGUUUGAGUGAUAUCAGAACUGAUUACAUUUAUUGACAUGCUUGCAGAACAUGUCAGCCAAUAUAAGGCCGAGAAGAUGUGAAAUAAUCGUCAUUACUCUAACAAUGCUGGGUACAAAUUCUAACAGUGUAGCACAGUCUCCUCCUGAAGUGUGGUAUAUUUUGGUUAUAUUUCAAUAUAUUCUUGAAUAUUCCUUCACAUACAAAGAAUUAUUAUUGUUUUGAAGAGACCAUAGCGAAAGAGACAUUUUCUAAUCAGUUACCUUACCCAUGACGGAGGCAAAAAAGCUACGAAGCUACGUAGUUUUAAACCUGUCGUUAUUGGUAGCUCUUUAUAUACUUUAAAAAAAUAUAUAAGCAGCUACUUACUGAUAGCUGCAACCGCCUAACGUCUCAAAACACAAUGAACACGACAAAAGCUUUUGCCUGACAGAAAAGUUCCGCGAGAAUUUUUUAAAAACUAUAUAGAAUAUUCGAGAUUAAAUAGUUCUGCCACGACGAAAUUCAAGACCGGUGUCAAUUUAAAGAAUUUAAAGAAGGAAAUAGCAUAUUUUGAGAUGCUCUCUUAGCCACCGUAAUGCGAAGCUUUUUCAGGCAGAAUGCUCCCAGCCUCAUACCUAAAAGUAUGAAGUGAGCUAAUGGCAAAGACGACGGUUGUCCAGCCUAUCGGCAAUCAAUUUUCACUUACCCAUCACAGAUGUAAAAAAAGCUAGCCAGGUUUGUACCCUUGCUAUGUAGCAAGAGCUUGUUAGCAUAGUUACUGGUAGCAACAUCUGCACGCAACUCAAAACCUUUAACUGACAGAAAAGUUUUGAGGAUUUCUUUAAACUAUAUAGAAUAUUCUGGAUUAAAUAGGUCUGCCACAACAACAUUUAAGAUAUGUGAAUAAAGUAUUUAAAGCCAAUUAUAUUUUUAAAAGAAUUUAAGAUAUUUUAGUCAAGUUUACCUGUAAAAGACUUUAUUCCUUAAAGUGUUUCCUUACCAUGUUUCCAGAAUGCAUGACGAAACAA